AUGCGCCGCUACGGUCAUUCGAAUAGCAAGUUUGAAAAACUCUCGGACGAAAAGACCGAAAAGGUGAAAAAGUUUGUAAAGCUCUCGGCGGCCAAGUAUAUCUCGCGACAGAAGAAACAACGGCAGGGAAGCGACUCGACACCGAAUGACCUGGAAGUCGAGGUGGAUACAGCGCUGACAACUCCGAACGAUGGAGAGAGUAAAGUGCUUCCAUUCCCAACCUCGUCGGCGACACCGAGUGGGUCGACACCCGAUGCUCCUGCGAGCUCGCUGGCGGAUAUGCAAUUGGACUCGGGCUCGGCUCGAGCGUAG